AUGGACCGAAGUAUUGCUGGCUCUGUCCGUUUGCAGGGGCACCAGAUUCACGCCAACUCGGUCGAUUUCGAGGUCGUGAGCAGUUGGAUAGCGACAUGCAAGAGACUACACCCCCAAUGCUCAAAACCCAGCGCCAAUGCUGGAACACAUCCACAGUGGCUGUUCGACUGUCACGACAGGAGACUUGUCCGCAAUUAUCGCAGUGUCGAUUAUACGGCCCUGAGUUACGUCUGGGGACAGGCUUUGACGGCUUCCUGUCCUAGCGGGAUUCAGGAGAGCAACGACGAUCUAACUUCGUUGCCACAAGUAGUCGAGGACGCCAUUACUGUCACCAAGGCUCUCGGUUUUCGCUAUCUCUGGGUUGACCGGCUCUGCAUUCCGCGUAAUGACAAGCUUGAGUUUCACAACGAACUGAAGAAUAUGGCAUCGCUCUACAGGGCCGCUCAGUUGACCAUCAUUGCUCUGCACGGGGGUGGUGCAGCCGAUGGCCUGCCUGGCAUCAGCACCGUCCGUCGUGUUGAACAACCGUGUCUUGAAAUCGGGAGUUGUCGGCUGAUUUCUACCAUGGGCACACUAGAGUCGGCAAGGCAUCGGUCGAAGUACGUAACUAGAGCGUGGACGUACCAAGAGGAAGUCUCGUCACGACGGCGAGUGUACUUUACGGAUCAACAACUAUACUUCGAGUGCAGUGCUUCGUCGACGUGUGAGACCGUCGCCGCUGAUGGCUUGCUUGAGGAGCUCUUUGCAGAGCCGACGGUCGCUCGCUUUGGCACUGCCAGACAUGAGCUGGACGAGUUUGACACGGCCUGGGAGCACAUUUCUCAGGUCUCACGAAGAAGUCUAACCUAUGAGUCUGACAGGUUGAAUGCUGUCCUUGGCCUUCUCGAAGAACCGUCAAUGUUCGAGGAGGCGUCCAGUCUACGGCAAAUAUAUGGCAUGCCUAUUCCCCGAGGCAGAAGAUGGAGAGACGACAGGCCUUCUCCCGAUGCACUGUUUGCUCUUUCACUUCUCUGGACAAGACGUUGUACUGACAAUCGACAACGUUGCUUUCCGAGCUGGUCCUGGAUAGGGUGGACCGGUGGGAAGGUCGUCCCAAUUUCCCCAGAACAACACGCUCCGAAGGGUUCUUGGUCGAACGACGUGGAGGUGCUGCUACAGCCAGGCCCUACAGGGGAAUCGGUAAGCUUGAGCGACCUUUCAAGAUUUGCGGAGGCUACAAUCGACGAGAUGCCGCGGCUUCUGUAUGUCAAGAGUCGAGGAUGUCGACUGCGCAACCUAGUAUUCAACCUAUCAUCUCCUCAGUGUGUGAAGGCAACCUUCGUUUGCGGAUCGACGGAGAGAUCCGUGCCCAUCGACACCGAGUUGCGUGCAGACGAGCUGCGAUGCCUCGAAACCCGUGGCACAGUCCUUGCCUUAGAUUUCGUGGACCGGUCUAGGGGACAUGAUCUGGACCGCUCCGCUCCCUUGCUGGUUGUAGCGGCGUUAAAUGGCGAUGACCAGCCCUUUGAACGCGUCGGAACCAUCCGCUUGUCGUCAAUUCUAACACUUACAUACCUAGAACGGCUGCGAAUCGACGAUUUUUUAUCCAAGUGGGAGACCAUGACGGUGCGAAUAGAAUAG